AUGGUUUCCGUCGAAGAGCAAAGUAAGGCGGAGAUUUAUGCGACUUCAAUCAGUGCUAACCAGUCAGGUAUCAUAUCCUCAAUAAUCGGCGUAGCCGGUGCUGGUUUCCGCCUUUCGCUCAUCCUCAAUGCCGUAAGCUGCGAGGUCGCAAACGAGGGACUCGAAGUCCACAGCAUUUCCAAGGCCGUCACUCUCUUCUCCCUGACCCUCAAGCAAGUUGGUGUCUCACUACAGAAUGCCGAUUCCGUCCAUACUGUUGAAGCGCUCGAUGGCGUGCACAAGAUUGCCGAAGAUGCCACAGACGUCUUUGAUGAGUUCAAUGAGAUGCUCGACAAGGUCCGCGCCAAACCUGCCGAGGGCAGACCUAUACCUUCAAUACAUCAGCGCUUCCAGUGGUGCUUCAGGAGGCAUCGAGUGUUGUAUCUGCUCGGCCACCUCGAUUGCCUCAAAAUGAAUGCCUCGCUCAUACAACAGGUAUUGCAAUUGGGCAAAUUGAUGGCAUCCACCAACAAGGGCGAUUCGCAAGAGGAGGUACAAAUGAAACAGGAGCUCAUCCGACAGGAGCGUGCAGAGACCCAAAAUGUCCUCAUCGUGCGCUACUGGCAAAUGAGCAAGAUGGAUCGCUUGUGGGAAGCGUCCAGGGUCGAAGACGAGGACCACAAAAUCGCCGCCAUUGAGCAAGACGAUCAAGACCUAGCUCUAGUCAGCAGCAACGGCGGUCCAGCUGGUGGACAACUCGCUAUUGAGGCGCCACCCCCAGAAUACUCAUCUUCCCUGGCUCUGGUAAAACUUCCGUCAUAUUCUCUCGGCGAACUCGAUCAGACACUCCACCAGAUCAAGCGCUCUCCAAAGGACAUGGUCCAGGUCUCGACCGACGCAAUUGAGCCUCUCCUCGACCGUUGGACUCGUUGGUACGAAGUCCGUGAGAAACGGCACAGCAGGGAAGCCAAGAACCGCUACGUCCCGACAGUUGACAACCCACAAGACGACGAGUCCGAUGAUGGUAUGAAACCCUACCAUCGUCGCUACGAUGAUUCACGUGACAAUUCACCCCAGGCAGGAUCCCGCGGAUACUAUCUCGAGGGCAGCACCACCGACUGGCGACAGCCUCAUUCUGCAGAAGCACGUGCAGCCGCACGUCGACGCAGGCAGCAAUACAGAGGUUUCCAACCCUCUGUAUCCGCUGACAACAGCGAUGGGGAGCGCGAUCUAGAAUCGAAUUUUUCAACGGGUUCCCAUACCCGCAAAAAGGCGCCACGCCACCACAUCAUCGACUCGUCCUCCGAAUCUGAGGCUUCAGACCACGAGCCUCAAGCACAGUCACGACCCCGCCAGCGUCGUGGGUCCGAGUCUCCAAAGACAGAGCGAGCCCAUCCGGUGAUGCAGCACGCUUACAGCUCCCCCCGAGUCUCCAGUGCCGGUAUUGGCAUGUCCAACAUGAAUGCGCACCCACAAGCCCAGGGCCGGCCACAUCCUCAACACGCGUACACCGCCCCGGGCGCCGGGCACCUCUACCCACCCAUCAACAUCGCCAACGCGCACAACCCCUACGCCAACACGGGCACGCCACCGCCCGGACAGCCACAAUCGGCAUACCAGCAGCCGCCACCGGGCUACCAGCAAACACCGUCUCAGUAUCCCACAUACCCAUCAUACCCAUCCGUUCCCGCCGCCCACGCGCGGUACGUGCCAGCAAGCGCCUCACCUGCCCCGCCGCCCGCGCCAAUCGCCCAGAUGCAGAGUCAGAUGCAAAACAUGAGUCUCAACCCCAACCGCCUGUCGAUGCCGUACACAUCCUCAUCGCAACGCCCCGUCUCUCGCGACGGGCCUGCCCCUCGCUCUCCCUCUCACCAGCAGCAGCCGCCACCUCUGGCGGCACGCUCCGGCAGCUACCGGGACAGCUAUGGCUACCACGACAGGCACGCGCAGCGGCCGUACUCGCCGGCGCACAGCCGGGACGGGCGCGGACAGGGGCAAGGGCAACAGCAGCAGGUGGAUGAGAAGGGCCGGCCGCUGGGAGAAGGCAAGCCGAAUGCGAAGAAGAAUCUGGCCGAGGGGGCGACCAAGGGGUUGUUGGGCGCGGGGGCCAUCGCAGGGUUUUUGGAGGCGUUGGAGGGAUUGAGUAUCUAG